CGUCCAACGUCAAGCCAACUUUUUGCCAGUGUCUCGCGCGCCCAGCACUCCAAACCUUCCCGGUAUAAAGCUACCUAACCACCCGGUUUCUUAACGCCAAUAACACACUCUUUCUUUCAGAGGAAAUGCUUUACAACCCAAACCUACAACAAAUCACAGGUUGUAGUUUAAGAGCGGCCCACAUUUUCACCCAAUCAGUUUAGUAGUCUGGCGUGACGUCAUAAUUCCGCUUCCUCGUCGCAGAGUUCUGCAAUGGCGUCGGCUGCGCGGUUACUGCUCAGGAGUGCGGCUUUUAAAGCCUCUGUUACUGAUGUGUACGGCGGUGUGCACUGUAAUAGUGUUGGAAUUUCACUCCUCAGACUUUCACCGAGCUGCACGUUGAGGCUGAAGACACAAAAAAGACAUGCGGCACACUUCACCUUUCACUCUGACCCCGUCCCCACUAAAUACGGCACCACCACGAAGAUGAACCUGUUUCAGUCCAUAACCAGUGCCUUGGACAACACCUUGGCCAGUGACCCCACAGCAGUAAUUUUCGGGGAGGAUGUGGCCUUCGGUGGUGUGUUUCGAUGCACAGUUGGCCUGAGGGACAAAUAUGGCAAAGACCGUGUUUUUAACACUCCUCUGUGUGAGCAGGGCAUUGUGGGAUUUGGCAUAGGAGUAGCUACUGCAGGAGCCACAGCCAUUGCAGAAAUUCAGUUUGCUGAUUACAUCUUCCCUGCUUUUGAUCAGAUUGUAAAUGAAGCUGCCAAGUAUCGGUAUCGCUCUGGAAAUCAAUACGACUGUGGGAAACUGACCAUCCGAGCACCGUGGGGCUGUGUGGGCCACGGCUCCCUCUACCACUCCCAGAGUCCUGAGGCUUUCUUUGCCCACUGCCCUGGCCUUAAGGUGGUUGUGCCAAGAGGUCCAGUCCAAGCUAAAGGGUUGCUCCUGUCCUGCAUUGCUGAUAAGAACCCCUGCAUCUUCUUUGAGCCUAAGAUCCUUUACAGAGCAGCAGUGGAGCAAGUACCGACCGACGCAUACUACCUCCCCCUCUCUCAGGCUGAUAUUGUGCAGGAGGGAAGUGACCUCACCAUGGUUGCCUGGGGAACACAGGUUCAUGUAAUGAGGGAAGUUGCUAACAUGGCACAGGACAAGCUUGGUGUGUCCUGUGAGGUCAUUGACCUGCAGACAAUUUUGCCAUGGGACAUAGAAACAGUAUGCAAGUCGGUGUUGAAGACAGGACGGCUGCUGAUCAGUCAUGAGGCUCCAGUGACUGGAGGCUUUGCUGCCGAAAUCACCACAACAGUUCAGGAGGAAUGUUUCCUAAACCUGGAGGCACCCAUCGCCAGGGUGUGUGGAUAUGAUACACCUUUCCCUCACAUUUUCGAACCCUUCUAUAUCCCGGACAAAUGGAAAUGUUUUGAGGCUGUCAAACGAAUGAUCAACUAUUAGAAUUAGACACGUCAACAUGAAACUCUUCCUAUUAUGCUUUCCCUGUCUGUAGAAUCUGGAAACAAUGAACUCAUCGCAGAUGUGGUUUCUACCCUUGUUGACUAACAGACAACUCAUGAGGAUGAAAGAACAUGGCCUAUAACUACAGAACUUCAGUGGUCAAUCGUCUGGAACAAUAUACAUGAACACUAAGAUGCAGAUAACUAGUGUGUGCUCUUGAAUUAUAUUUGGUGGCUGAAUGGUUCCCUUUUUGCUGUUACAUUGUGAUUACCUCUGUUUAAUCUCUUUGUCACAUUGAAUUCUGGGUGUUUUGGUUUCUGAACAAAUUAAAGAUAUUAAUCAUGA